UCUUCUCUUUUGCGGCCUCACACAUUCCGUCUUUGCCGGAGAAGCGUUUCACUGUUCACCGCCAAACUCCGUGUAUUCAUCUCCGACAACAACCAUGGGUUACUUCGAUCUCAACAUUCCCUAUCCCCAACCCUCACUCACCAACAAGGUCGCCGAACAAAGCAACCGCACCAGGCUUGCGGUGAAGGCCAUGGAGUUGGGUUACACCGGAAUCGCUUACAACCGCACGAUCAAAGGCGUCAUGUCUGAUCAGCACCGUUGCUCCAUUGCCCCCCUCACCCUCUCCUCUCUCCUCAACGUUCUUCCCUCUCUCUCCCUCUCCGCCAAUCUUCACCGCUCCAUCCUCGGAGUUCCACUCUCCACUCCCUUCCGUCAGUACACGCGUCUCACCGUUUGCGUAGACAGCGCUACCCAGGCCCAGGCCCUCAAUUCGGGGAACCCCAUUUUGAAGACCUACGAUCUCGUCGCUGUUAAACCCUUCAACCAGACCGCGUUUGAUCUUGCGUGUCAGACAAUGGAGGUGGAUAUUAUCUCAAUUGAUUUUUCAGCUAAAUUGCCGUUUAGAUUGAAGCAGCCUAUGGUUAAAGUAGCAAUGCAGCGUGGGGUUUGUUUUGAAGUCACGUAUUCUGGUUUGUUUGCUGAUAUUCAAAAAAGGAGACAGUUAAUUUCCAGUGCUAAGGUGAUUUUUUCUUUCCAAUAUAGUCGUCUGAAUUGUUGCUAGAUUAGAUCAUAUUUGGUGUUUGAUUUGUUUAAUUAGUUUUUACAUAAUUGAUUUAUUAUUUUUUUUGUAUUGUUUCUGAUUUAUUUUUCUAUGUAUGGUUUUUGAACAAAUUUCAAGGUGUCUGAUUAGUAUAAUUACUUCAUGCUCUGGCUUACUAGUGUUGUUAAAAUUAAAGGCUUUGAACUAUAGAUAUUAGACACCUGGUUUCUUCCUAAUUCACCCACCAAUGCACUCUACAUUAAGGGUAUAUCAUAUGGCAUGCUCACAUUGCAAACAUGUAGAAGAGAUAAAAUUGUAAACUUUCAAAUGUUGGGAAUUGAGGAGUAUGUUUAUUUACUAACGCUGACCUAGCUCCUUUAGAGAUUGCAAAGAACCUCUGCUCAGUUUACAGCCAAAAGAAAAUAACACAAUGCAUCAAUUCACUCAUUUACUCAUACCAGCCUCUAGCUCUUCAAAUUCACGAGGAGUCUAAGUCUUACAAGUGAUAGAUAGCAGGAUGAUUUUCUAGUGGGGCGUAUGAGAUGGCGAGAUGAUUGCUAUUCUGAAAUUUUAUUGUAUGGUUUAUUAAUGUAUAGACAAAUAACUUUCUCGCAGCUCAUUUUUUUUAACAUCUUCAUUCUUGCAUUUUAACACCCCAAUGUCUUUUAAAUCCUUUGACCCUGUCAAACACAUGUCUUACCUUUGAGUGUUUGUUACAAUGGUUCUAAUUUUUAGAGUUGAGUUGAUGAGUUUUGUAGUGAUAGAUUGUUAAGUUUUGUUAGAUGACGUCUUUGCCUUUUGUUCUGUAAACUAGGAAAGCUUGUGUGAUUUUAAUUGAAUUUAUAUACUUCUGGAGUUUGUGUUUUUAAAUAUGUCAGCUUCUGUAUUUAUAAGCAAGGGCUCAGAAGUAGAAUAGAUUGAUUGAUAAAUGAUCAGGCUUAAGCAUGAGUCUGUUAAGCAUGUUAGACUAGAUAAGCUUGUUCUAGAUGCUAGAUGUGAUUGAAUCAACUCGUACUUAAUAAUUAUCAUUGAUUGUGUUUAGCUAAAAGCAAGUGUGGGUAUGGUAGGUAAAGAGAUUCGUAGUGGACUGGAAGGAACCUGUUUGUUAUUGUAGAGAAGCUUUUUAUAUAAUGAAAAUACUCAGGUAAGAAGAUUUUACCACAAAAUUUGCUUUGAUCCUCAUCACCUUACUAUUACCAUUACUCCAUUGCUGGAUUUUGCUUGUGAUAGUGCGCAAUUGCGCCAACAUAGCACAAGAGCAGACUGGCCUGGCCACCUUAAGGUGGCAACAUUUCCAUAUUAGGAACAAUGUUUUCAUUGAGGAUAAAAAUGUAAAGCUCUAUUACAAGCCCAAAUUCUUCAGUUUUCUUGUAUGCUUCAUGUAUAGAAUUUAGAUGAGGAUGAAAUGCUUGACAUUGCAGCUGAACAUGAUGUUUAGAAGAUUUUAGAAUUUAGAUUAGUUGUUUUGCUUUGGGGUUGUACGGUUAAAGCUUAUUUAGUUUCAUUACUUGGUUGUUUUUGGACACAGUGAUUGGCUUUUUGCUGUGUUGGGAUUGGUUAUUGGUUGUUCUGUUGCAGCUUUUGCUGCUGAGUUCUGGACCUCUUGGUUAUUAAAUUUAAUCAGAAUAUGUAUUAAUGUUUAGGCGUUUUUCUUUAGUUAUCAGUACACUCACACACAUAGGGAUCAAAAUAAUGGUCAUCCUGCUAUCACUAUCCCGCUAUAUGGGUUUUGGCAGGUGGCCACUCUGCUAUUAACUACUAUGCUCAUGCCUUUUGGUAGUCCCUCAUACAACUAUAAGUGUUUUGACAACCUUUUUAUGUUAUUACAAAUAUG